AAAGCGUACUCUUGGAAAGGAAAUUUAAACCGACACCUUAACUUUGAGUGCGGUAAAGAGCGUAGAUUCAACUGUCCUCAUUGUUCAUUAGCAUUUACUCGAAAGAGUAGUAUGAUUCGACACAUGUCAAUAUGUCAAGUUUCUGAUGCCUCCUAAAAAGGAUUAUGCUGAAGAUGAUAAUUCCCAUGAUGGGAUUGUAGCUGCAUUACACCUUGUACAGACCAACUGUAACAACCAAGGCAACUUUUCAUGCCCUAACUGUACUCGAGUUUAUCAGAGGAGAACCACAUUGAACCGUCAUCUUAGAUUGGAAUGUGGCAUGACGCCUCAGUUCCCCUGUCCAUUUUGUAAUCACCGAUCAAAACGAAAGCAUGACCUUUUGUACCAUGUCCGCUCACGCCACAAUGAAAUGCAUUGGAAUGGCUCAUAGUAGAUGUGUUACUAUCUGUUUGCAAUGAAAGAAUGGGUGUGUAGUUGAAUCCAGAUCUUAGAUUGAGUGCUUUAUUUUUCUAAUUGCCUUUACUUGAUCUUUGAAUUAAUCUAAACAAGCUCAAUCUGAAGUUUACUUCCCCCUUUAAAGCUGUGGGAAAUUUCAGAAAGACGUGCAGUCAGAUUUUUAGUAUUUUGGUAUAUUUUGUGAGACAUGCAAAUGCAUUUAAAUUUUGAUCAAUAUUUCAAACAAUUUCAUUGUUGCAAAAAUGCUGUUUGAGAGCUUCGAUAGCCUUCUCUCUUUUCUUUCUUCUCAAUGAAAGCAUAUGUGAUAUGUAAAUGUAGUUGGUAAUCUAUGUCAAAAAGAGUUAAUUAAUUAAAAGUUUAAGAUUCACAUUUUACGUCUGUUAAAUAGGAAUCUGUUAAGAAGUCACAUUUACCUUUGGCAUGGAUUUCUUUUUGCAACUGUGGCACAAGGACCGGUCCAGUAAAGUGUAUGAAAACUAGUUGAAAUUUGUUGGUAAUAAAUGAUGUGUUGUACUGUUCCCAUUA